AUGGCGGUCACACCAACUCAAUUCGCCAAGAAGACGGCCCAGUCGGCCAAUUGGGCUGAUGCAAAGCGACGAGUGCUUUCGGCAUACCGAGAAUGGAUCCGAGCUGCGCCCGAGAUCCAGACCAUGUACUCCGUUCCCUUCCCCGUUUCGGUCAUUAGAACACGGAUGCGACAAGAGUUCGAGCGACACCGAUAUGUCAACAAGCUGCCAGUCGUUGAUGUCCUCAUCAUGCAGAACAAUGCCGAGUACCAGGAGACCAUGAACUUCUGGAAGCAGACUACACAUGUCAUGUCGUAUUUCCCUGAAGAGAACUUCCGUGGCCACGAGAGAUUACCCAAGAACUUCAUGCACGGAUUCCUAGAGGGUCGCAAUUAG